AUGUUUGGAAUAAAACAGGACCCUACCCAUCGCUCUACUCAAGGGAUUGGUCUAUCGAAACCUACUUUUUCAGGUUGGUUUGUAGGUUUAAACCCUCGUAUGAAUCAAUUAUUUAGAACUCAACUGUUAUAUCUAAAAAGAAGAAAUAAAGUACCUCUUUUCUUAACUUCUACCCCUUACUUGGAAUCUUAUUAUUCUUCCACUGCUCAAUCUGCAGCAAGAGUAUCUGCCAAGAAUUUGAUUUCACACCCAACUGGUUUUAAUGGAAAGAUACUAUCUACUCCAGUCUUAGGUUUUAAACAAGACGAAAAUUCCAGAGAUGUACCAUUAUGUAUAAGAGUUUCACAUUUAAAUCUUUUAGAAAAUUUUUUUUGUAUCAUUUUAAUGAUAUCAUUAAGUAUAUUAAAAAAAUUACCAAUAUGGAAACCAAUUAUUUGGGUUAUUUAUUUAAUGAAAACGAUAUUGAUUCUUAUUGAAUUAAGUUUAUAUUUACAACAGUAUUUUAAUCCUACAAGUUUAAACACUCAAGUUCAAGAUAUAAAUUUACAAAACGACAAGGAACAAGUAGUUUCAAAUAACAAAGACCCUAAUGAUUUAUCGAAAACAAUCGUUUUAUUAUCAUUUUGUAUUGUAGGUAAAUUUAUUAUACCAUAUUUAUUUGCAAGUUUGAGAAGUGUUUCCACCUCUCGAAUUAUUAUUCUAGAUUUACUUUUCCCUAUCCCUUACAGUUUGAUUACAUUAUAUUUUUCUAAUACAUUAAUUCAUUUAACUUUUUCUCAAGAAAAGUUGAAAGAAAUUGAUGACAAAAAACUUGAUUAA